AUGGAACGAUUCUUCAAUUUGGUAGCUUUUCUCGUUAUAUUUGUCCUUAUAGCAUUCUUCUAUGAAGAUGGACUAAAAAAAUUUCAUGAUCUGCGAAUGUCACCACUUUAUGAAUACAAGAACCAGCAAUGGCAUUAUGACAGUAUGUAUGUCAUUGAUACACCGGGAUGUAAAAUACCAAAUUACGAAGCAUUUGAUCAUUCUAUCAGGGAAAAAAUACAACCUGGUAAGUUUAUGCCAUGUAAAACAAUACCCUCUAUUGUUAAACAAAAGUCAAGCUGCAUAAAAAUUGAUCGAGUGGCAUUAAAUAAAUCUAAGUACAAAAAUUCUUUCUCAUUUUGUCGUGUCCAUACUGUGUAUAGACCACGAUACGGAAAAGACCAUAACUACGUCACAUAUAUAAAUGAACAAAUAUUUACCAAUGAAACGUGUCUAAAAAGUGACAUGGUAAGAGUUCAAUGCUUUGAUAACAAAAAUGUCACAAUUCAUACGAAUUUUUUCUGGAUAUAUCAAAAGAAUGAAACACUGGAAAAACAAUGUGAUGAACGUUUGAGGAAAAGGUCGGAAAAUUCAGACGUUGCUGAAACACUCAGUGUGCUUUUGCUCGGUGUAGACUCGACCUCCAGGCUCAAUGCGCAAAGAUUUUUCGUAAAGACAAGACAAGCAUUGAAACAAAAAUUUCAUUCUGUUGAAUUUAAAGGUCAAAAUAUUUUAGGAAUGGAUACUUUUACCAAUGUGGUUCCGUUGCUGACAGGCAGUAGUAUAUUUGAACUUAAAAAGGAUGGAAAAUUUGGAAGCACCCCUAUGGACAGUUUCGAUUUUAUCUGGAAAGAAUUUGAACAAAAUGGUUACAGAACAUUGUAUGCUGAGGAUGCUGCAUGGAUGGCUGUAUUUGAUUAUGUAAAACCCGGAUUUAAGAACUUCCCAACUCAUUUUUAUAAUCGCCCAUGGUCCGUAGCCUGGGAGUCCAUUCAUUCUGCUUGUAUAGGCGGACGGUCGGAACCAGAAGCCAUUAUGGAAUAUAUGACAAAGUUUGUGAAUGUGUACAAAAGUAAACCUUAUUUUGCUUUUGCAUUCAUAACAUCUCUGACUCACGAUAGCCAAGAGUUAUCUGCAGAAGCGGACGAAAUUAUGUCAAUAUUUUUCCACAAGGCAUUUGAAACAAAUGCAUUUAACAACACAAUUGUAUUUUUCUUUGGUGAUCAUGGUCUACGUUAUGGCGCAACUCGUUCAUCGGAUAUAGGCUCGUAUGAAGUGCAGUCACCAAUGUUGUAUAUCAUAAUUCCUAGAUGGUUUUCCGAAAAAUAUAAAACAAUAGAUAACAAUCUACGAAAUAAUGCGAAUAAACUGACUACAAUGUACGAUCUUCACGCAACUCUGCGAAAUAUCUUGAAUUUCAGUGGAGAAAUAUUGGAAUACAGUUUUCCUCAAAGAGGAGAAAGUUUAUUCUCUGAAGUAUCGGAUGUACGGAACUGUUCCGAUGUUGGUGUUCCCAGUUCAAUGUGUACAUGCAGUCAAUAUGAAAAACUGGAUAAUUUUUCUAAAAUUUAUGCUGAACACAACUUAUCUGCUAUUGUUGUUACAAAAUUAAACAAUCUUUUGAAGAAUCAUCAAACAAUAUGUGAACAUCUCACUUUAGACAAAACCAUCUCCGUGUAUAAAGCUGCUUCUAUAAAAAGACUGCAUGUGUUUAAGUUAACUAUUCGAACAUUACCCGGAAAAGCCUUAUUCGAAGCCGCCGUUGGCUUCGACUCUUCCAAAAAUGAAUACAAAGUUGAACAAAUAUUACGUAUCAACAAAUACGGAGAUCAAUCCAAAUGUGUGAAUGACUAUAUGCUUCGAAAUUACUGCUUUUGUAAACGUCAAUGA